ACAACGCGGAAACGCGGCGGCUGCGACCCGCGGGCGGCGCGUCGAGAGCGAGAGUCUGUCAGUGGUCACCUGGGACCUCCAGCAGGCGCACCUGCAGCCCCCGAGACCCCCACAUGCCUGCCAGACACCACGCCCCACCCCACACGGGCGGCCUGCUCUGCUGACCUGCAGUUGGCUCUUGAGUCCCUGGACCCUCGCACACUGCGGCUGCUGUGGAAGCAGCGAGAACUGGAGAUCCAGGCCUUGCGGUGGGCCAUCCAGAAUGGCAAGGACACCCGGCUCUGCCACAUCCUGGAGGAAGUGGCGGGGAUUCCACCCAAGAGGAGCUCCCACAGUCAGGAGAAGUUCCUGCAGAACCAGGUCCAGAAGCUGACCCUGGAGUUGAAGGAACAGAAGGAGCGAGCCCAGUGGGAGAAGGAGCACCUGGAGGAGCGGCUGUUGCAGACCACCCGCACGCUCCAAGAGGUGGAGGCCGAGCUGCAGAACUUGCAGAAGUCCUGCCUCCUGCAGCUGGCCCACUCCUCGUGGGUGGGCCGCAUGCUACGAUCCCAGACUGGCAGUGUGGAGGUGGUGACGGCAGAGACUCUGAUGGACCCAAGUGACCUCUCUGAAAACAUUCAGGCCCCCACUGGGGAGGGCUUUCGGCUGGAGGACGUGGACUGGAACAGCAUUGCCCACCGGUACCCCAACCUCUUCAUCAGCCUGGAGCCCAACUCAAAGCAAAAGCAGCCCCGGCCCUUGCCACAGCUGGACACAGGGAGCUCAGAGUCCUCUGGAAAGCACUCUGAGCGGCAUCACAAGACCGUGGAGUGGGGCUGCCUGCCCUGUCUGAACACCAGCAGCUCAGGGGGCGCUGACUCCGACUCCAGCAGCUGCCGGCCGGGCCUGCCUUCCCUCGUGCAGGUGGUAGGGCACCCACCCCGGGACCACCGCGCUUCCUCCAAGCAGGCGCUGGUGCAGGCCAGGAGCUCCAGCAGGGACCUGGAAGAUCUGCAGAAAAUCCACUCACCCAGGCACGGCGAGCCACUCCUGGCGCCCCCACCCUGCACAGACCCUGACCAUUGGAGCCCGGAACACCUGCAGAGGUAA